UGCCGUAAAUCUGUGAAGAAGAAGAAAAGCAGGAAAAUGAACGGCAUCAACAGCAGGAGCUCGUGUUUACUUGUUUUCUGACGUGUUUUCUUGAUUUCUGGCGCAUUUCUUGUCGUGGGAUAAACAUUAUUUUAUAUCGUGUUUAUAAAUGAGUGAUGGAAUCAGUUCACCCUCCCGUCCAUGAUGGCGCUGAUGUCACUUCCUGGGUGUCGGUUUGUCCUGGAGGCCUCUGGAAUGUGCAGCUGAAGCGAAAACUUACAAAAAGUCAAAGUCUGUCAAACUCUGGUGACGUUACAGCGCGUUUGUCCAGUCCCCGUCCACAGCUGGGGUCACUGUGUUACGUCCGAGUGCAGCUCAAAGCUGACACGGGUGAAACUGAGAGUUCAGAGUCUGAGCCCGUCGAUGAGAAACUGUCAGUCACUGAGGUAGCAGCGGCAGAGGUCACCACCUUCCCGAGGAGCCAGGACUCUGUGCUGCAGGUCCCACUGGGCCACUGGAUGACGCUGAGGCUGGGGGAGGGUCAGUGUGAUGUCACAGAAGCGUGUGUGGAGGGAAUGAGGGCCAGAGAGACGUGUGAGAUUCUGCUCUCACCGGUUGGAAAUGGAGUCGAUCGCUGUCCUUCGCGAGCCACAGUUGAACUCCGUGGUUUCACGCCAGGCAAGGAAUCCUGGGAAAUGUCAGCGGGGGACAAGUGGGAGUGGGUGAGGUCACACAAACAGAGGGGAGGAGUGAGGUUCAGGAGCGGGGACGUGUGGGGUGCUGCGGACAGCUACAGCCGAGCACUGAAGCUGCUCAUUGCUCUCUACGGCCACGCCACGUCGAUGGAGGAGGCGGAGUCUAGAGACCCGACGACGACACAGCAGCGACAGGAACUUCCCUCCACGGACGAAUUAAAACAAGUCAAAGCGGAGUUACACUCUAACCUGUCUCAGUGUCAACUCAAACUCAGCCGUCCACUGCGAGCCCGAGCGAACGCGGCCAGAGCCUCGGAGCUGGAGCCAGGUGGCGCUAAAGCCUGGUACCGCCUGGGUCAGGCAUGUUUGACGCUGAGCGAGCUGGAGGAGGCGAGGCGGGCGUUUGGGCGCCUGCUGCAGCUGCAGCCGCAGUCGCCUGCCGCACUGAGGGCACUGAAGGACGUGGAGAGGAAAGAGAAGGAGACGGACGCAGAAUUAGGACAGCGACUCAGCAAAAUGUUCAGCUGAAGGCCACAAAAUCUACGCGGGCGUGACUCCAUUCCUUCGUUGUGAGGAAUAGGGAAAGCUGAGUCGCAGUGCAUUCCAUUUAUGUCGGAAUGACAUCGGAUUUAUCUCAGGCUAGCCAUCAUUAGCUUCUGUUAGCACACUAAAUGGUAUCAGUUGUAAAUGAGAACACGUUAAUCUCUGUUAGCGGGGUAUGCUAAGUCACCAACCCAACUAUGUUUGUUUUCAUUAUUAGUUGGGAAUGCGGAGUCAGCAUUCCAUUAAUGACGGCGGUCGGAACUGGGAAUGUCAGAUGUCUCUCAGGCUAGCCAUAGUUAGCCUCUGUUAGCGCCUUACAUCAGAUACUGUGAAUGGUUCCUCUGUUAGCGGGGUAUGCUAUGCUAUGUCACCAUCCCCUUAGCACGAUAACGCAGUAACAUCCAGAUAUGACCCAGCAUAUCUGGAUGCUGUUUUUAAAAACUUAAAAGUAAAUUAUUAUUAAAAAUCUGUUCUUCUCAAAAAAUGCUUGUGUUUUAUCUGGAAUAAUCAGGAUUAAGUAAUAAAGUUUUCUGAAAUGCA